UUCAACAUGGCGGCCUUGACAGCUGUGGUCACCAGCAGCUCGUAGAGGGACAGAACGGGGCAGGACAGCGAUGGGCCACGGCCAAUAUCUAUCUCGGAUAAAUAAAACUAUCGCCCGGUCUCAAAUGUUAGUGAUGAUUAAGUGAUAAUUACGGUGUUUCACGUUGAUUUAUGGCGCAUUCGUUUCUAGUUUAUGAAGGUAAAGCGGCUGAGUUCAGCUAACUUAGCAGAAUUGCUCUUCCAAGGGGAAGGAAGUUUUGCUGUGGCGGAGGAAACAUAAUAGGAAGCCGGGCAGGGCCGAACUAUCCCGACAUGGAGGACUCCGGCUCGGCCCUGGAGAAAAAUGUGGCCGACCUCACGGUGAUGGACGUGUACGACAUCGCCGCGGUGGUAGGCCAGGAGUUCGAGCGUAUCAUCGACCAGUACGGCUGCGAGGCUCUGUCCCGGCUGAUGCCCAAAGUGGUGCGGGUGUUGGAGAUCCUGGAGGUGAUGGUGAGCCGCAACAACAUCAGCCCGGAGACCGAGGAGCUGCGGCUGGAGCUGGACAAGCUGCGGCUGGAGCGGAUAGACCGGCUGGAGAAGGAGAAGAAGCACAGGAAGGAGCUGGAGCUGGUGGAGGACGUGUGGAGAGGAGAAGCUCAGGACCUCCUCUGUCAGAUCUCUCAGCUGCAGGAGGAGAACAAAAGCCUCCUCACCAACAUGUCCAUCAAAGACCCCAUGAGUGAGGAGGACCUGCAGAGGCAUGAGGGUGAGGACCAGGGCUCAGGACACACAUGCACACUUUAA